UAACGCCCCAAAGAUGAGCAAAGAUCAUCUGAAUGACCAACUCAUUCCAAAACCAACUGAUAUAAACAUCAUGGCAUACAAGAUGAAGGCUGACACUCCAAAAGAACAUCCUUAUUCAUCUCACAUUUCCCGCUUUUCAAUAUUCCCAUCCUUCCACUCUUCAUACGACUCUGAUACAGGAGUCAGCAUUUGUUCUCAGCCUGACCUCAACCCCCUCGCCCCAGCUACUGCACCAGAUGUCACUCUGCUGAGUAAAACUAAAGGUGGGCCAUAUCGACAUGAGAUCUUGGAAUCACACAUGAAAUCCAGGAAGAAGGCUGCCAUGUGGCCAGGCAAACAUGGCUUCCUGCAUCACACAAAGCCAUUGAAAGGAGAAUGUCAAGUGUUCUACCCCAAUCCUCCAAAGACUGUGUUUCCCAACCCUAAACUUUGUGACUGGGACUGGGAUUUAAACUUAUCCAAGCACACAAGGAACAUACUGAAGAAUUUGGAGCAGACACACUGGAUCUCCUCUUACCAAAUGGAUUACACUGGGUUGGGUCCAACAAAACUUUUUAAAAUGGAAGGCUCCAAGGAAAAAAGACAAACCUCCUCUCCUGUGUUUGUGCCAUCUGAGCCAAGAGACAAGUGCAGACAAAGACAUUGUGGCCUUUCAGGAAGGAACGACUGCAGUCUCACUACUGCAGAGCUCCCAAAUCCAGCUGCUUCUCCACCACAGAAUGUCACAUUAGAUCCAGGUGCAAAGGGUCACUCAGAGUCCAGGUGCAGCUCUGCACGAGCAAGAAGUGCAGAGAGAAGAACCUCUGCAUCCACGUUCAGAGAGAAAGAAAACUGCAAAGUCCACUUUGACCAAAAUGUCACAUACGCGUCCCCCUCACAGAACUACCAAGAGGCUCCACCAAAAAUCACAGACACACGGACACAUCAAGCCAUCCACAACCAAACAGUUUCCCGUUUGAAGGCUGGAAGAUGUUUAGCUUCAGGUGUUGAACCACACACUGAUUUAUUAUCACGAGUAGCUUCAAAAGAAGGGUUUGCAGUGCUUCCACGCAGUAGUUCUAACUCCUGCAUCCCUCCUAUCUCAUCCGACAUUCACCUAGUGAGAAGAGAAGGUGCAGCUGUGGGCUGUCGCUCCUCUUCCCUCCUGGACCUUCAGAAUUCCUUCAGUAAAUCAGAGGCUCAUCGCAGCUUCAACAGCUCUGUGGCGGGUCCCACUGUGGACAUGAGAGGCAACAUAUCCACAGGGAAAAAGCAUCAUUUCUACGGGAUCAACUGCUACUACCUUCAUGGAUAAACUGUGAAAUUAACAGCAUUUGCACACAAACACAGGAUGCUUCUAUACAGAUCAUAUUGUAUGUUCUCUGUGAUGUUAAUAUUUGCACAUUUUUUCUAACUGCAAAGCCAACAUGUGAAUAUAAUUUAUGCAAACUUCGGUCAUGUUAGAUUUCAUUUGCAAUGUGUAUUACACACACACAGAGAGAGAGGUGUUAUA